CCCUGUAGGGGGGCGGGAGGAAUAUGACGUGCCGAGGAGGCGAUGCUCUGCUUUAAGGCUUUUCCUCAUUGAAGUGCACCUUCACAUCGCCACGCUUCUGUGAGUCACACAACCGGGAGCCGGCGACCGGAGCGCGUUCAUUGUUUUCAAGACGUGGUUUGUAACUCAAACCCGAAAGAGCCGAAAAUGUCGAGUGUGAAGAAGAGAAACUCGGGGCACCACGACGCGGAGGAGGACCAGCAGGCGGCGGAGAAGAUGCUUGGCGGCGCGUCAGGCUCCGGUGGUCCCGCGGCAGGAGCAGGAGCAGGAGCAGGGGACGGAGAGGAGACGGUGGUGCUGCAGCGCACCAUCACGCUGCUCAACGGCGUGGCCAUCAUCGUGGGCACCAUCAUCGGCUCGGGGAUCUUCGUGACGCCGACCGGCGUGGUGAAGGAGGCGGGCUCGGUGGGUCUGUCGCUGGUGGUGUGGGCGGUGUGCGGCGUGUUCUCCACCGUGGGCGCGCUGUGCUACGCCGAGCUCGGGACCACCAUCACCAAGUCCGGCGGCGACUACGCCUACAUCCUCGAGGUGUACGGCUCGCUGCCGGCGUUCCUCAAGCUGUGGAUCGAGCUGCUCAUCAUCAGGCCCUCGUCUCAGUACAUUGUAGCCUACGUCUUCGCCACUUACCUGCUCAAGCCUUUGUUCCCGUUGUGUCCGGUGCCCGAGACCGGCGCCAAGCUGGUCGCGUGCCUGUGCAUCCUGUUGUUGACGGCGGUGAAUUGCUACAGCGUUCGUGCUGCCACCCGAGUCCAGGACGCCUUUGCUGCUGCUAAGCUCCUCGCUCUGGGACUCAUCAUCAUUAUCGGCUUUGUGCAGAUCGGCAUAGGUGAUACCGCAGCCCUUUCACCCAAGAACGCCUUCAAAGGAUCCAACAGUGACUUCGGGAACAUCGGCUUGGCUCUCUACAGCGGCCUUUUCGCAUACGGAGGCUGGAAUUAUCUGAAUUUUGUCACUGAAGAAAUGAUCGAGCCGUACAAAAAUCUGCCCCGUGCCAUCAUCAUCUCACUGCCCAUCGUCACCAUCGUCUACGUGCUAACCAACCUGGCCUACUUCACCACUCUCAGCCCUGAGCAGAUGCUCACCUCUGAGGCUGUAGCUGUGGAUUUUGGGAACUAUCACUUGGGCCCCAUGGCGUGGAUCAUCCCGGUGUUUGUGGGACUUUCCUGCUUCGGUUCAGUCAACGGCUCACUGUUCACCUCGUCCAGGUUGUUCUUCGUGGGGUCGCGUGAAGGUCAUCUUCCCAGCCUGCUGUCCAUGAUUCACCCGAGCCUGCUCACCCCGCUGCCCUCACUGCUUUUCACCUGCUUGAUGACGCUCCUCUAUGCCUUUUCCAAUGACAUCUUCUCAGUCAUCAACUUCUUCAGCUUCUUCAACUGGCUCUGCAUCGCCAUGGCGAUCAUCGGCAUGAUGUGGCUGCGCUACAAGAAACCCGAGCUUGAGCGGCCAAUCAAGGUGAACAUCCUGUUGCCUAUUUCCUUCGUGCUGGCGUGUCUCUUCCUGAUCGUCGUGUCCAUCUGGAAAACUCCAGCCGAGUGCGGCAUCGGAUUCGGCAUCAUCGCCACCGGCAUUCCCGUCUACUUCGUCGGCGUCUGGUGGCAGAACAAACCCAAGUGGCUCCGGCAGCUCAUCUUCUCGGCCACGGCGACCUGUCAGAAGGUGCUGGAAGUCGUCCCUCAGGAGUCGUGAAGGAAAAAAGCAACCAAACAGACGCUUUGGAAAUGAUUCUGCACACAAACUGAAAGAUAAAUUUUCAUGUUCCCCCUCUGACCUCUCCCUGCUGCAGCCAGGCACGCUCUCCACGAGCCUUCCCUGAGGGUAAACGCGUAAAUCCCUGCCUACACGGGGAAAACGAAUGUCGAGAGACGUCUGAAUGAGUGCAGGAUUCUUUAUUUUUAUUCCUUCUAACCUUCCUGCAUUUAUAAUAGUUUUUUUUUUUUUAAGUCUAUAGUUGAGCAUUGUAAACAUUCUCGUUUUGCUUUAUUCCUUUUUUUAUUUCAGACAUUCCUUUCAUAAUUUUAAGUAUAGCACGGCACCAUCAAGGUGUCUCCUUAUCAUUUCGGCUACUAAAGCUACUGUAAAAUACGGCAGUAUGAGCGUGCGUGUGUGUGUGUGUGUGUGUGUGUGUGUGUGUGUGCAGUUACAGCAUGUGCUGCAGACUCAAACGUUUUUGAACACCCUCAGUUUCUUAGGUUGUAUCCCAGUUUAAUCACUAUUACAGAACGAAAAGGUACAGAAUAGAAGAAGUUAUAAUGAAUAACUCGGCUCUCAGUCUCGCUCUCGGAUCCGUUCGUAAUAAGAGACUCGAAACAUACGCUAAAUAUUUAAUUCGAGUGAUAGAAAUCUCAAUCUGUAUCUAGCUUGGGUAGAUUUUCUCAGUGGAGUGUUUAAAAUCAGCCCAUGACAUGAUGUUUGUUUAAAAUGUUAACGUUUAUAAGGUGUUCAAGAACCUUUGACUGCAAGAGUUAAUAGAGAGUAGACGAGUUAAUAGCAGCUCCUCCAUUUCCGUUUUCUUGCACGUCUCCUCGUUGUUGGUUUAGUAUUUUAUUUGUAUUUUUUUUUACGUGGAGUCAGUCUGCUGUGAGUACAUCGAGUGACGUCGAUAAGAAUACACACAGCAUUAACGUUGACAGUAGGAAUGUUUUGGAAUGGACGUUUUUCCGUUCGUCUGUGAUUAUGGGAUGAGAUGAGAUGUUUCUCGUCAGUCAUUAUUUUGAAUAAAAAAGGAAAUUCAGCAGCGUCGCAUUCGGAAGUCGUUUAAACGUCUUAAACGUCAGAGCUGGAGUUCUGUCCAUUUCAGAAGCUCAAACCGAGACCUUCCGUUUGAACACAGGAAGUAGACGUGAAAUUGAAAUUCACAACCAAAAAAACAAUAUAGUGUCUUUUAUCUUGAAAUAAUUCAUAUUCAAAUUCAUUCAUACAUUUCUACACCUUCGUGGUUUUUUUUUUCCUGUCAGCACUUUUUUUUCUUUCCAGAAAAUAUUUACACAUUUCUUUCUUUCUCUACAGCAGAUAUAAAACAGUUACGUAAUUAUUUUAUCAUUUAGGGUUACUUUUUUUAAUUUCAAUUUUUAUUUUUAAGUUAGACGACAGGGAGGGUUUGCAUCGCUCAUACAUGCAGUAUGCAGUUACAGAUUUUCAUUUACAUGCAGAAAUAAAAAACACAUCAGCAUCCCAUAGCCUCGCUGUCGCAUCAUACCUCGUUGGACUUUUAGGAUUUACAGCAUUUAGUAUCAAACUGAUGCGUCAAACUGUUGGACUCGUAGACAUGACAUAUCUCGGCGUUAUGACAAUAUGCACCCGCUAACCUGUCACGGAAAUAACGAAAAUAGAGCACUGAGCAACAAAUUAGCACCAGAAUCGCUAAUCACGGAUAUUUCGACAUAAACAUGUUGAAUGUGUUUCAGGGUGGAGUUUUUCUUUGUGUCUUGUAGAGAAGAGCUAAUAUGUAAAAGCUACACUUUGCUCAGCACUGAACCCUGAGGCACUCCUUAACGCGCUGGAUACAGACAGCGCUCUUUUACUUCCACUGCCGUCCACGUUUGCUGGUGUGCUCACGUAUUAGUGCAGUGAAAUUCUUUUAACAGAGUGUCUUUAAAAAUGUGAGACUUUUUUCCUCAGUUACAUUACAGCUUAAAAAAACACUUUCUUUUACACACUGCAUUACAAUCAUGACUCAAGUCAUAUAGAGAAUAGAAAGUACGUAGCGACAACACUGGGCUUAGUACUGAACCCUGAGGCACUCCGUAAUACAGAAAAUAGCCUUUUAUUCACUCAGCAGUCCUUAAACGUGCUUGAAUUGACUUGCCCAAGGUUUGCAAAACGAAUUUCAUUUAUCCGAUGCUUUCCAGUGCCUCUGGUAUAAAAACUGAUGGAAAAAAAAAAAAAAGUUGUGUGUGUUGAAUAGCUUCAUGGGUAAAAUUGUGCGUAUAUGUUUACCUGAGAUCGUAACCAAUCUCAUAGGUUCGAUGAAAUCUUAUGCCCUGAUAAAUGUGAGAUUUUAUCGAGUUUGUCUAAAACAUCCUCAAGAAUUUUGGGGAAUGUUUGGACAGAGAUCUUACUGGGUAGCGCUGAGAGGUUUUGAAAUUUAGUGUGCAGUAAAAAAAAAAAAAAAAAAAGUUACUGGCUUUCUAAUAUUUUUUUAUGAUGAUGUAGUAGUAGUAGUAUCAGGCCUCAGACAGUGUAAAGACAAUGUAAAGCCCUGGGCUGGAAGUAACCUUUUGGUUUUUUUUUAAUUAGAUUAACUAGGUUUUAGUUAUUUUAGUAUUAUUGUAACAACAGUUUAUCUACAACGCAGUACCAUUAUAUAAAUUUUUAUUAUUAUUUUUUUACUUACAAACGUUCACCUAAGUUCAUGUUAGCUACCUCACCAACACAUCGCCCACGUCUCUUAGCAACAGUAAACAAAACGCCCAUCCAUUAGCUGCGUUGUAUAAUGUACAUCAAUAUGCAGUUAUCACAUAUCAUUACUCACAGAAGUGUAAAUAAUCUCAAACCUUUUUCUUUUUUCACAAAUUAACGUUAAUAGAAACUUAUCUGUUAGUUUCGUUGAAUCGUUUUCACACUUUCUUCAUUCUUUGUUGUUUAAAACGUUGCUGCGUUCACGCGCUUCCGCCUUCACCGAGGAUCUGUUCGCGUUCGAUUAUUGCGUUAUCAGAAAUCACUGCUGUUAGUUUGGAUGAUUCUCUGUUCCUGUUAGUGAUGAGGUCAGUUUGGAGAAAUGUACAGUAAGGUGCAUUUGUAUUUCUGGGUUUUUUUUGUUUUUGAUCCCGUAUGCUAUGGCUACUGUGACAUGGCUACUUUCUUUCAGGCGUAAAAUUGAGCAAUGGAGUAUUUUUUUUUUUUUUAAGUAUGAUGAAGGACUCCAAACUCUUCUGAAUGAUUUCUGAGGCCAGUAUGAUUUGGCACUUAUAUGCGUGUUACAGCUGUGUGUUAGAAAAUAUUUAACUAAAAAUAGAACUAACCCUGAAGCUAAUGUAAAUUACUGUCGGUUACUUAAUGUAUUUAUUUAUUUGUAGGGACUCUAAUAUUUUUUUUUGUAUCUACUUAGUGCACUAAUAUAGUUCGCUUUUUUGAGGGGUUUGAGAAACCAGAUUUAGUUUUUCUUUACUUUUUUAAAAAAAAAUGUCUUGUUUUGGAUUUGUUUUAGGUUAACAAGCUGCUAAUAAACUUUCUGCUGCACUUAAUUUGAAGUGAUUCUCGAUUUCUGAUAGAUGUUUGUUUUGCUAAAAUGUGACUAACUUCUUCCCCGAGUCUGCCUUCGGGUCAGUAACAUCUCACUGUGUCAUAAAUACCAACAAACACUGGUUCUGGAUGGUUCUGGAUGGUUCUGGAUGGUUCUGGAUGGUUCUGUUUCCAUCUUGCGAAGUUGCGAAGUUGUAAUUGGAGUAUUGGUGUACCACAGCACUACGUAGCCAUUUUGAUCUAUUUUGGUAUUUUUCUGAACAUUUCAUGCCUCGUCACUUGAAAAAAAUUUACAUACUCAAAUUUCCAUUUAGGAAAAGAAAAAAAAAAAGAUCAAAUCAGUAACAAGUCAGAAACUCGCACUGGGUCGUCAUCAGGUCUUAGUAACAUGACCAACCCUGCGAUCUUGUGCCGUUUUCUCUGAAAUCCCUUUACCACCUGGAAGGAUAUGUAACAUACGUCUACCAGGGUUCACUUGCAGCACCUGCAGAAAGAACAAUGCCCUAGAGGUGAUUUCCUUAACCCCGCCCCUCACCUUCAUAAUUUUAGAUAUACAAAUUUUGUCAUGAAAAUUGAUAGGAAUUUGCGAGCGGGUAAUAUUGUGUGACUUGUCAUCAAAACAACGUAAAUUGUUGUCUAUUAAAAAAGGGCAAAUGUACAUCAGGGUAAACUGUUCCAGUAAUUUAACGCACUUUUGUUGACUUCUGUACCGUCACCUUAAUGGAAAGUGAAGUAAGAUGGAAAUUCUUGGAGAUUCAAAGGACUGAAUCAACUUUGCACUUUUGCACAAAAAAAAAAUGUAUAAACAAAUGUUUAAACAGCAGCAAUUAAUGAUGAAUAUUUCAGUCUGAUUCGUGUCGGUUAAUCUGUUGCUGCGUGGCCUGGUUACCUAACAAACCAGAUCAUUAACAGGUGACGAAAUAGUUUUUGUAUUUAUUAUGUUCAAGUUUGUUUAUUUAUUUUCUUAGUUUAUCUUUAUAGACCCGAAAUAAAAAAUAGUGACCAGUGUGUUUUGCUAGCACGGUGUGGUGUUUGUUCCCGCUUCAGCCUCGGCAACUGAAAACACUCCACGCACCUGAAGCGAUUACUUUUGCAUGUUUUAUAACCGUGGCUUGUUAAUGAUCUGGUUUGCUUGUUACCUAGGUUAUGUAACAACGUAUGGAGGACUCGACUGUUUAAAAUCUAAUUUAACCCUCACCAAUCAGGUUGGAUUACUCCUAUUUGCACUAUUUAUGAAAAUAUGCUUUUUUAAAUUUUUUCAGAAAUGAUAAUUGCAUGAAAGCUUUUCGAGCAUCUACUCGAUCUUGACUCGAUCACUCAAAUCUCCAUGAAAUCUCUUACUUCACUUUCCAUUAUGAUGAUGGCAAGCAAGUCGGCGAGAGUGUGUUAGAUUAUAGAUUAUUGGGACAGAGCCCAGCUGAUUGUGUGGCAUUGAAGCAGGAAGUGAACUUGCCUCUAUUUUUCACAAAUAGAGCUUCUCGUGUUUCCCUAACUACUGAAUGGAAAUGUUUCAGCAUGCCAGAACUCUUCCUAUUGGAACUGCUGAUGAAAUAUUACUCCCAAUCUCUCUCUCACACACACACACACACACACACACACACACACACACACACACACACACACUGAGGUCAGGGCAGACUCUGGGUUUGUUCACACUCUGGCAGUUUGUUUCUAACACCACUCUGUUGCUUGUAGUGUGUGAUCAGGCAUUGUGAUUCAGCUGAUCUCAGAUCUGUAAAAUGUUCCUUAGAAAAAGACAAAUCAGUUGUAUAUGAACAGACAACCAUACCGUCAGUGUGUCCUUUUCUUUGCUGUUCGUGUGAAAUGUCUACUGAAUUCUGUGUCUUUUUUGAGAAAUAAAAGAAUUGAAAUCA